CGAACAACUGCCGACUGACUAUUGGUUUAUAAUAGCCCAUGAAAAGACAUUGGAUAUUGAGUACUGCAUACGGAUAUUGUGGUGCGCGAAGAGUAGGAGACGCUACUAGGUUUCUCACUUCUCGUGCUCUAAUGGCCUCUGUACGCAUCUUUAAACCCCGUAUGAUUAGUAAUUAUGCGAUGCGCCUUAAACACACACUGCCCCCUUUGCCAUACGAACCUACUGCUUUGGAACCUGUAAUAUCAGGAGAAAUUAUGCAGUUACAUCAUUCGAAGCAUCAUGCUGCAUAUGUUAAUAAUCUCAAUAUUGCUGAGGAACAGCUUGCUGAAGCUAUCUCAAAAAGUGAUCUUACAAGAAUCAUUUCUAUCCAGCCAGCACUCCGUUUCAAUGGUGGAGGACAUAUCAAUCACAGCAUCUUUUGGCAUAAUCUUAGUUCUAAAGGUGGGGGUGUCCCUACUGGAAGUCUGGCUAACGCUAUUAAUGAUGAGUUUGGAUCAUUUGAUAAUUUUAAAUCCAAACUCUCUGCUGCCACAAUUGCUAUACAGGGUUCAGGUUGGGGUUGGCUUGGAUACAAUGCCAACUCAAAGCGUUUGCAAAUCGCCACAUGCUCUAAUCAAGAUCCUCUUGAAGGGACUACAGUAUUGUUAGGGUAACUACCAAGCUGCAGAGUCUAAGAAAUAUGGUUUUCCCGUUAUCUUACUCCUAUAUGUAAAGCUAUGAUUUGAACUUGCGUUGAAACUCCGGUUCACACCGUGGUUUGACCGACGACAAACAAAUAAAGAGGUGUAUUCUCGGUUAAGGCAUCUAGUUUGAAGCCGUUAACCUUCAGUUUUUAACUUUUCUCUACCUACUUCGUAACGAGCAGUUGGGUGGUAUCAAAACGUGUAAUUAAGAGCCAAACAAGAUCGGUAGAUUAGUUUCUAAAACUAAUUUGCUUGGCUAGAAAACAAAAUAUAUCUGCCGAAUUUUACCAACUCAAUCUCAGUUUUUAAAAAGUCGAAUCCAGGUCAGCUAUCAAUCGUAGAUGUAUUUUUUCAGGAAGUGAUAUAAUCUAAUUUCAGUGUCAUAUAAAGCCUGUAUCUAUAUGUUUGUAAUCUUUAUUUGUCGGGGAUAAAAGUAAUCAACCUAGGAUUUCGCAGCAGAUCACAUAUCAACAAUAUAGAAAAGGUCAAUACGAGUGAAAGUAUAAUAAGUUGAUCAAGAAUAAAAACAAUCGUAGAUAGCGAAUGAAUGAUAUUUUGAAACGUCUCUCUAUUAACUUAUUUAAUUACAUUUUGUGACCACGAUUUUUAACACGGCUUCUUAACUUAUAUUCUGUAAGUGGAAUGGCCUCAAACCUGUGUUCGACUGUUAUCAACGUAGAAAUUUCUAAUUGCUGUGUGUAUGAUUUCAAGUAAGAAGAAUGAUCAAAUCAUUUCCAUAAUACUAUAUUAGUUAUUACUAUCACUAUAUAUGACAAGGUAACAAUCUCUCACAACACAGCACUGAUCAGUCCUUCGAAUAAUGACAUACCUUAGUAAACACUGAAAUCUAUCACAGUUUAUAAGAAGGUGAUCUUCAGUCCAGUUGUGUAGAAAUCUUCGACAUGUAUAAAAAAUCUGUACUAACACCUCCAUUUUAAGGUUAUGUAUUUUAUUGACAUUUUAUUGAAAUCUACAGGUUUGAAGCCUUUACUUGGAAUUGACGUUUGGGAGCAUGCAUAUUAUCUUCAGUAUAAAAAUGUACGUCCAGACUACGUAAAGGCGAUCUGGGAUAUUAUAAACUGGGUUGAUGUAGCUAAACGAUUCGAUCUCUGUAGGAACUAGUUUAAUCAUACUAUCUCAUACCAAACUCAAAACUUUUUCAUUCCCUUUUUGUAAAAUUCUCAGUAGUAGUUUCAUCAUAUCUUUUGUCAUUCAUUACUUAUAAAAAAUAAAUGAAUUUAC